AUGCAAAGACCCUACAAAGCUGGGGAAGAAAAUGCAACCGAAAGGAAUGCGCUUCCAUCCAGUUGUCUUGAAGUGGUGCGCAGAACUAGCAAGAAAGUGUGGCCAGGAGGCUAUAACUUGGUAAGAGAAAUCUUACCAAUUCCAUCUCUCAUCACAGUUAAUAGCUACAGGCAAUCUCAAAAAUCUUACAGAGUUGUUUCACCAGAUAACUUAAAACUGUUCUCACAAGAACUCACAAGGCGUAACUGCAAGGGAAUAGGUGGCAUCCACUGGGACGAGAUUUACAUCAAAAAGGGUAUUAAAGUAUGUGCUAGAACCAACGAACUUGUUGGUUUUGAGGACUUAGAGAUCCCUGAAAAUAUUUUAGAAGUGAUCAACAAGGAUGAAAAAGAGCCCAAAAAAACUAAUGGAUACCAAAUAUUUCAAAGCAGUGAUUGUGAAGAUUCCUUGACUGAUGAAGCCUUCACAUGCAAUGAAACAGAUGAAGAAUUGACAGAAACCUCCAGCAGACCAGUCGCCAAAAUAAUCCUCCUGAGUUCUUCUGGUCUUCUAUAG